UCCCGGCAGCGCGCGGUCCCGAGCUUCGCGCCCUUCGCCCGAUCUGAUUGGGCGGUGGCGGGGAGGGGCGGGGCGAGCCCGGGAGGAGGCACGCGCAGGCGGCUGGGGGUUCCCACGGAGGCACCCAGGAGGCGAAGGGGCGGGAGCCGGCCUCUGGGCGACGCGCGUGCGCACGUCGGGACGUGGCCGGCUGGGGGCUGCUGGGAGGGCUGGGCAGUUCGAGAAACGGCCUCAGGGGACGCUUCCGGAGCCCGUAACUGCCUCGGGUUCUGUCGGCCGCCGCUGCAGCCUGAGCCCUCCUCGGUGCUGCCCACUCCCUCCGCCCGGCCCCAGCCCUAGGCGCCGGCCCCUGACCCUGGCGGAGAUCAUGAAUCAGGCAGAUAAAAAUCAACAGGAAAUCCCAUCAUACCUUAGUGAUGAACCACCAGAAGGUUCAAUGAAAGAUCACCCACAGCAGCAGCCAGGCAUGUUGUCCCGUGUGACUGGGGGUAUCUUCAGUGUUACAAAGGGAGCUGUUGGUGCCACCAUUGGUGGUGUGGCUUGGAUUGGUGGAAAAAGUCUGGAGGUGACCAAAACAGCUGUUACAACUGUGCCUUCCAUGGGAAUAGGGCUGGUGAAAGGCGGUGUCUCUGCUGUGGCUGGAGGAAUGACAGCUGUUGGGUCUGCUGUUGUAAACAAAGUGCCCUUAACAGGAAAGAAGAAAGACAAAUCUGACUAAAGUAUGGAGAUACACUUGCUCUCCACAGCAUUAUGAUGCCAGUGGCAUUGAAUUGCUAAAUUAUGGAUUCUAACCAAGUCACCUGUUUUGGACAUUUAUCUUCUAAACUGCUGUGUUGAAAGUAUUGAUGAGUGGCUUUCAUCUAAAAAGAAGAGACCAAUACAAGCACAGUGUAUGAAGGUUUCUCAUGCUUAAGUUUCAGCUUUUUAUCUGGUAAAAUGUUAUACUUAUUACUCCGUUGUAACUGAAGAUAUGGUAUGUUUGAAUAUUUACUAUAAGUCUUUCAGUUUGACUAAAAAUGUGAAAGUUGAAUUUAGUAGAUGAUCUUUACAAUUCCGUAUGUAUAAUGUGCCAGGUAACUCAUCUGCCCCUUAAGAAGGGGACCUUGAACUAUAUAAACUGUACCUUUGAUGUGCCUAAUAGUUUCAGGUGUCUUAGUUUUUUUUUUAUAACCAUAGUUGAUUAGGCCAAGAGGCAUUCUUUUCUUAUUUAAGUUGGCAAAAGUAGCAGGAAUUAGAGAAGUUUAAAAGAAAAGGUAAAUGGUUUUAAGAUACUGUUAACCAUCUUUUGUUAGAUAUGCAUUUUAUUAAUUUAAUCAUUGAUGCCUUAUAAAAGAAAACAUCUUUUCUAAUACCCUAAGUAUGUGCAGUUCUUAGAAUUAUCCAUGGAUUCUUUUGAAAAUUGUGAAAUUAGUUUUCCCUCUUUAGAAUCUCAGGAGUAGUGAGAUAAAGGCAUUUCUUGCUCUUAGUGGAGAAGAUAGUGCUUGUUGACUGUCUUGUCAGUAGUAAAAAGCAAAUUACAUGCUUCAGCCUAGGUUCGUGCUCCAUCAUUAAUACACCUCACAGUGCCUAAGGAACAUUUUUCACUGGUCAGAAGCUAUGUUGCAAGAAUUUCAUAUUAAGGAGGAACAAAUAAUAAUUUUAGGUUCUUAAUUAUACCUAAGGCAUCUAAGAUAUAAAAAGAAUCCCUCACAUUCUAUCUCAAGGAUGUCUUAUUAGUAGUACCCCUUUUAAAAAACACAGUAAAAGCACUACAAGUAUGUUAGGACUAACUUUCAAAUUCAAUGAAAUGGACUCCAGAGAUUAGUUUUAAUACAAAAUCUAUGUAAGUGUUUUCAAGGUUUAUAAAGGCUUUUAAAAUCUGUUAUACAAUUCUUUAAAACAGCUGUCGACUUUGUACCAUUUUUCAAGCCCAUUCCAGGGAGGGAAUUGAAGUUUUUGAUGAUGGAUGAUAAGUGUCAUAUCUUACUAACAUGUCUUAUCAUGUCUCAUUCAUUCUCAAAGAAUAUGACUUACAUGAAAUUUAUGAUCAGUUUCACAAAAAUUUAACAAUUGGCAUAUAUACUUGGCAUUCCUCUUAACUAAGGGUUAUAAUUCAAGCCUGAAAAAUCUUAACUUUAUGCUUGAGUCUGGAUAUUUGUCUCCACUCUGUUACCUUUUUUUUUGUGGGGGAGGAGAGAGGUUGAUUCCCUGCAGUAAGUAAGUCAAAAUAGCAUGCCUGAGAACUUGAAACAGAUCACUGGAACACCAUAGGCUUACGUGUUUGUGAAACACUAAGAGUAUUAAUAAUGUGGAUUAACAAGUGGAUAAGAAUAUAACUUGACUUUUUAAAGCUUCAUAAAUAUCAGCAGAUUUUAAGAACCCUACAAGGUUCUUGAACCUUUCUAUUAUAUACAAACUUGAAAAGUCAUUAAAGAGUUCAAUUCAUUAGGAAUUAAAUGGUUAUUUAUUUCAUGCAGUACAAUUUAAGGUAUUAUUUGUUGGUAUAUCUGGUCAAAUGUCACAAUGAGAGGAUUUUUAAAAUUAACAGGCGAACACUAAAUAUUUAAAUAAUGGUAUUAGAGAACUUGUUUCCUGCUAUUUGGAAGAAAUUAUUGCUUCAUUGCUAGUUUAUAUUUCUAAUUUCUCUUCUACAGUCAUAGACUGCUGUGCUUUGUAUCUGAAUUUCUAAGUUUAGACUUUAGCUUACUGUAUGUUUGCAUAUUUAUUUUCAACUUUGCUUGUCUUUAAAAUUGCUUGAGGACACAUGGUUGUGAUUAAUUUCUGCUACAGAAAAGCCACCCUGGUACAUUUUAUUUCAUUAAGAUUUUUAAAAUUCUAAACUGUAAGUUUGUUCAGAGGGGCUUUUGCAAUGGCAGCAGAAAACUGUACCAACGUACAAGUAUAGAAGUUCUUGUUGAAAUGAACUUGCCAUUCGAUGAUAUGUACAGCUGUAUACUUGAGUCUUCACAGCUUAUUUUACGUAGACUAGCAAUUUGACCUGUUAAACAGGACUACUUCAUAUCAAGAAAUUAAGGCUGUUAUAUACACCUGGAGGGAUCUGUUAUUAUCCUUUGAGUGGGUAUUUGACACAAUGGGGAUAAACUUGUGUGACCCACUUGAAUGACUGAUCUGAUAAUGUUGACAUUAUGACUCCUAUACUUAGUGGAAUGUCAGAUGAAAAUAACUGAAUCAUUUUUUUUUGUAUUAAAGGAAUGGAAAAAACACAAAUUUGUUAAUAAAGCACUAUGAUCUGCAGAAGAUGGAAUGUUUCAUAAAGAUCUAAAGAAAUAAAGAAAUUUUAAAACAGGG